AUGCAAUAAAUUUUUUUUACCCAGCCAUUGAAUACUACUUAAAAAAAAACAAUUUUUAAUGAAGAAAGGUAAAUAAUUGAGAUUGAAGCUAAAGAAGAGCAGGAUGAUAAAAAUGAUGAUCAUACUUUAAUAUAAAGCUAAAAAAAAUAUUAAUUCAAAAAGUAAUUAAGACAGCUUUUAAAUAAUAAAUCAAAUAUGUAUUUAUUUUAUGCCAUUAAAAAUUAGCUACUUAAAAGAAAAUUUAGCCAGUCUUAAAAAGCGUAAGAUAUUGGAGGGAUUUUCAGGUGAAACACCAGCACCAGUUUAGCAAUGUUUUUCUUUUUUUAGUUAAGCUUUAUAAAAUGCUAGAAGUCUUAGGUAUUCUUUAUUAAUAUACAUAUCAGAUCUUUAGAUAUUUCAGGUAUGGAUAUUCACCCACUUUUGGCAAUAGAGAUAGGAUAGGGUUUAUAGCAUAAUGCAUCAUUGAGAGAGAUCAAUAUUUCUGGAUGUAAAAUGAAUAGCUUUUGUUUGCAAUACAUUUUUUCUUCUAUAACUAACCAUAAAACUCUUUAAUCGAUAAAUUUAUAUAAUAACUAAGGAUUUACGAUAGAUUUGAUGAAUGAUAUUAGUUAAUUUGUUUUUAAAGGUAAAAAUCAUUUAAAGAAACUUAAAUUAACUCAUUGUAAUAUAUCAAAUACUGCUAUGAGUUAUUUACUAAGAAAUUUAAAGUAUAAUUUCAUGAUUUUAUUUUAGAUAUUCUGAAACUAUUAAUGCUUUAGAUAUAUCAAUGAUGUAAUUUAAUACAGAAGUUUUAACAAGUUUAGGGAUUGCACUAUAACAUUAUAAAGGAGAUAAAGUGCUUGAAUAUUUAAAUGUCUCUGAUACUAGUAUUAAAAAUGACGGAUUAGAUACUUUGGCUUAAAGAGUCAGUUGGAAUAUGAGAAGAAUCAAUUUAAAAGAAUUAGUAUUAAGAAGAAACUUUAUUAAUUAAUUAGGCAUACCCUCUUUAGAGGCUUUUUUAAGAAAAAUAUCAUAACUUUAGAAAUUGGAUCUUUCAAACAAUAAAAUAGAGGAAUUUACUUGCUAAGACUUAUUAUAAAGAAAAAUGUAUGAAAUUAAUCUGAGUAACAAUGUUAUGAUGUGUUUUCCGCCUUAGUUUUUUAUAAAUACACUUGUAGUUAAUCUAUCAAAUAAUAAUAUAUCUAGUUAAGGGGCUUUUUAAUUGUCAACUAUUCUCAGAUAAAAUCCUUUAUGGGUUGAAUUGAAUUUGUCAAAUAACUAAUUAAAAAGUGAAGGAUUUAAUUCAUUAAUAUUCGGGUUGAGAGAUAAUAGAAUGUUGAAAAAGUUAAUAGUUGCAAAAAAUUAAUUAGAUGGAGAAGCUAUUAUAUGUUAUAUGAUAAAUCAUGAAUAAGUCUAUUUUGAACAUUUAGAUAUUUCUUUUAAUUAAAUUAGGUAUGCAAUAAUAUUUGUUCUAUUAAAAUUUAUAAAGAGUGGUUGUUUAAGGUGUUUAAGAUGUUCUUAUUUAGAGAAAGAAGAAGAGAUAAGAAAAGUAGAUUAAAAUGUUGAUCAAAAUGCAAAGAUCAUAAAAUAAGAUGAACAUUAACAAAAAUCUAAUAAUGCUGCUUUUUAAUUAACAUCAUUUAAUUUGAGAGAAUUAGAUUUCCAUGGAAAUAAGGAAAUUUUUACUCCUGUAGUAGCUUCCUUAUCAACUUAUUAUAACAAAAUUGAAAAAUUAGAUUUGUCCUCAUGUGCACCAAUAACUGAUUAGGAUAUUGAAUUAUUAUGUUUAUUUUUAAGAAAGUCUACUAUAAUUCAUGAUUUAAAUUUAAGAGACUUAAAUUUAGGAACAAUGAAAAAGGAUUGUAUAAAAAAAUUGAGUGAAGCAUUAUUCAUUAGUAGUAUCAAAUACUUGAAUCUAAGUAAAAAUAGAAUGUAUAAGCAAAUAAAAAGAUUGUUUAAUUCAAACAAUUUAGGAUCAAAUUAUAAAUUGGAAGUUUUAGAUUUAAGUUAUAAUUAUUUGGAAGCUAAACAUGCUCCAUAUAUUGAAAAUAUGAUGAUGUCUUUGAAAAAUUUGUAGGAAGUGAAUUUUUCUAGAAAUUGUAUUAAUUUUGAAGGAUUAGCUGCAAUAAAUAGAUCUUUAUUUGCGAAUCGAACUUUAAAAAGAUUGAAGUAUUUUUUCUCAUUUAUAUAGUUUGUCGUAUUAGAAAUUAAGUGCAGAUGAUUUAUUAAUAUUAAGUUAAACAUUGGGAAAUGAAAGCCUACAAGAAUUAAAUUUAGCCAAUAAUCCUUAUACUACAAAACUUAAAACUUUCUUUUAUUAAUGUUCUACAUAAAAAUAAGAAUUUUUACAUCUAUCUUAAGUUUAUUUUGAUAAUGCCAAUUAUCAUAGUCUGAUGAAAAUUAUUGACAAUUAGAAGAAGAAUUUGUUUGGUGUUAAUCUGGAUUCUUGUAUUUUUUAAAAAAAGGAUUAUUGUAAAUUUUUUGAAAAUCUCUCAAAAAGCAGAAAGCUUACAUAUUUCGCAAUAAAUUAUAAUCCAACAAUAUAUAAAGAUUUAGAAGGGACUAUUGAUUUUAUUUCUAAAUUAAAAAAUUUGAGGAUUUUAAAAUUAAAUUAAGUAUCUUUAGCUGAUGGUUUUGUGAAUGCACUUAAAGAUUGGUUUUCAAAAAGUGGAUGUUGUAAUGUAAAUUAUAUAUAUUUAUUUUAGUUAAGCACUUUAGAUAUGAGCUAAAAUAAAUUAUAAUAGUAAUGGUUAUAUAGUUUAUGCUAAGGAAUAAGUUCCAAUUCCUCUUUAAGAAAUUUAAUGUUAAAUGAUUGUUAUUUAGGAUUUUUGAAUCUUACACCAUUAGGAAUAGCAGUUUCUUAAAAUAAAACUUUAGAAGUUUUAGAAAUAGCAAAGAAUUAGAUUAAAAAUAAUUUAGAUAACUUUUUAACAUCAGCUUUAGAGAACGCUUAAAUUUGCAGACUUGAAGAAUUAAAUUUAGCAGAGAAUCCUUUGGAUAAGCAAUCAAUAUUAGAUUUAUUUAUUCCAAAAAUAUUAAAUAAUAUGAAUGGCAAAAAUAUUAAAUUACGAUAUUUAAAUUUGUCGAAUUGUCAUCUAUAAAUAGAUUUAUUUAAAGAAAUAUUAUAAGGAUAGUAGUUAUAUAAAGAUAAUUAUUCAUUUUAACAUAUACUUAGUUUAAGUUUGAGUAAUAAUUAACUGAACGAUAAUGUAGGUUAAUAGUUAAAAUAAAUUAUUUAAAGUUCAACCAAAAUGAAGGAAUUAUAUUUAUAAAAUAAUUUAUUUACAAGCAAUGGAAUGAUUUUAAUUUUUGAAGGUAUGUUCGCUAAUCAGACUAUCAGAACUAUUAACAUCAGCAACAAUAAUUUAGAUGAUAUUUGGGUUUUAAAAUUAUAUGAUUAAAUAUAAAAUAAAGAAUUAAGUAAUUUAGAGUUCAUCAUGCUUAGAGAUAAUAAUUUCACAAGAAUAGGUUUAAAAAAAUUAGCUUAAAUAAUCUAAAAAAUAACAAAUCUUUUUAUUGAUAAUAUUUGGUCAGAAUUAGACGAUACUGAUGCUGCUAUAAUUUUAUAAUAAUAUACCAGAAUUGGUUAGACUUAUAAACUUGAAUAAUCAGCUAUUCCUUAAUUUUUAAAGGAAAUUUAAAUAUAGCGAUCAAAUCUUACUGAUAAGUUUUGUGAGAUACUUGGAAAAUACUAUCCAAUGUUGGGAUUCAUUGAGUUUAUUGAUAUUUCAGACAAUCCUUUCAUUACAAUGUAUGGUAAAGUUUAUUUAUUUUUUCAUUUAUUUGAUACAAGUUAUGAAAGACAUUAAUUAAAAGCUAUGUAUAUAACAGAUUCUUAAGAAACAAGAAAAUUAUUUGAUGAUGGUUUGUUAAGAUAUCUUACACUUAGAUUUCGAAAUUUUUUGUAUCCUCCAACUGAGAUAAAUGUUAUAAAAAAGUAAAACAGUAAAGCUGAAGUUUUUGGUGUUCCAAAUAAUUAGCUUGAUUCUUAAAUGGGUGUUUAGUAAAUAAUUGGAGGAAUGUGUGGAUCUUGGUUAAUUCACAAGAUUAAUAAAUUAAUGGCUUAUUUAGAUUAAAUUGAACCCCCAUAAUUUAUAGUUAGCACUCUAUUUAUUGGAAAAUUCAGAAGGAAUAAUAUUAAUAUCAAAAUUAUUGUCAUAUUUUUUUGGAUUGCUUUUCUUGCAAUAAAUUUAUUAUAAUUUUUGAAAAUACUUAGUAAUCAAUAAAAACCUUUAGAUAAAAUACUGAUAGAUUUUAAUUAAACUUGUCCAGAAAGUAUUCAAAAUUAAACAGAAGAUUGCAAUAUGUUUGGUUAUUCAAACUUUGUUAGCGAUGUUUAUUAUUUUAUCAUUGUUUUUGCAUCCACUAUUGCAAUUGAGAUAUCAUAAAUUAUUGUUACAGUCACACUAAGAAGAAAAAUUUAGCCUGCAUUUUAAAUAGUGCAUCCAUCUUUGUUAAAAUAUCUUCAUUCAUAAUAUCCACAUCAGAAAGAACUUUUUUUGAUGUUAUUUUCAAUCCUCAGUAAAAUAGGAACAUUUCCUGAAAGAAUAUUUUUAUCUUACUUGUUAGUCUCAACUGAUGAAGGAUUAAAUUAUGAGCCAAUGUACUUUAAACUCUUGAUUUAUAAAUUUAUUCUUGGGAUUAUAAUUCUUUUAAGAUAUGGAGAAACACUUUUAAUUUCAAUAAUCAAUUUAACAAAAUUUAUGCUUGCUACCCCAAGAAAAGAUCAAGCAUUUUAUUUAUCUUUACUAUAAAGAAAUUUUCAUUAUUAAAGUUAUUAUGUUUUAAGUGAUAUAUUAGUUUCCUUAUGUCCAGUAUAAGGGUAUUAAUUAACUAAAGCAAUUAAAAUUAAUUACGAAAUAAUUGUAGAAACCUAUAGAAUUAUAACUAUAGAAUUAUUUUUAAUAAUUUUCAUCAGUUUCUUUUCAAGAGAAUAUAAUAAUAUUAAGCAAUUAAAGUUUGAUAACACUGAUCCAUAUUGGUUUUUAAGUGGAUGGAUAAUUUUAACUUUAAUCAAAGCUAUAGUGACAAUAAUUAGUUCAUUAUUUACAAUUUUGACAGUAAGACCAGCAGUUGUUAAACAACAUGGUUUUAAUUAAGCUUUAGCAAUUAAAAAAUUUUAUGAAAAUAAAAGUGAAUUCGUAAGACCUUCUAACAUAAAGAUUGAAUAUCAUUUAUAAGGUUUUAUCGAAAGAGAGAAAGAGAAGUAAAUAGAAAAAACAUAAUAUGUUCUUGAAAAUAGCUCUAACUUAUAAAAUAAUUCUCAGAAUUUGGAAAAUGAGAUAAAAUUUGAGAUUCAGAAAAGCAAAAUGGAUGAAAUAUAAGAGGAUGUAAAAUUAGAAGCAAUUGAUGAAGAAGAUUCUCUAAAUGAUGAUUAAAAUAAACUUGAAAAAGAUUCAGGUAAUAUUGAUAAAUAUUUAGGAGAGUAUUCAUAUUCACAAAUAGAUUAUUAAGAUCCUCCAUAAUAUCCUUUAAGAUAACAAAGGCCGAAGUUUAAAUAUGUAAUUUGAUUUUAUUAAUAAUAAUUUAAUUAUAUUGUUUUUACUAUGUCGACUCCUUAAGUACAAUUCAAUUUUAAUUAAGAUUAAUCAUCUAAUUUAGCUUCUUAAUGAAACUCAUCGAGAUCACAAAGCUUUAAUUGAAUACUUUUUAGAUUUUCAAAUUAUCAAAGACUUUUAAGAAACUUAGGGUUCAUAAUUUUUCAACCGUCUAAUAUAAUAGAUCUCUUAUAAAAUAUACUUGCCUUAAGAAUACAUAAUAGAGGCAGGGAAAUCCGUUAAUUAUUUGUUUAUUUUCUUUUCAGGAAUGAUAAUACGGAACAUUUCUAAAAAAGAUAAAAACUGUAUUGAAAUCACAGAAAAAUAAAUAUUAGGAGAAGAAUUCUUUUUAUCAAGAUAAUAAUGCAAAUAUAAUUAUAUAGCAAAUCAAGAAAGUUUAGUCUGUUAUAUUCAUUAAGACGAUUUUUAUAAAUUUGUUAAAAAAAGAAAACUUACAAAAUCACUUAUUAAUAAUAUACUUUAAUACUCGCAAUUUUAAGAUAUGUCACCUAAGUACAUUACAUAAUUUAAACUUUAGCUUUAUUGAAUAAAUUAUUUAACGUAGCAACACUUUGUAUUUUUAAAAUCACUAAAUAGUUUAUGAUAUAAGUGAUGAACCUCAAUCUUGGUUUAUUAUAUUGGAUGGAGAUUUUUAAAUUAAUUACAAAUUUAAAGAAUAAUAUCACCCUUUAGCAAUACUAUCUAAAGGGAAUUAUUUUGGGGAAUAGGAAAUAAUUAAAAAAUAAAAGAGAACUUUUAGAAUAUCUUGUAUAUCAACAUAUUCUGAAACAUUAGAAAUUCCUAAAGUAUAAUUUUUGUUUUUACUUUAAAAAAAUUUAUCAUUCAAUUAAAUGAUAAAUGAAAACCUCUAAAAUAGAGCUCAUAAAUAUGCCUCAAUGAUUGUUGAAAACAAAUAAAAUCUUGAUCUAUAAUUCAAUUAAUCUCCUCCAAAACCAAAGUUUUCUUUCAACUGUCCUCAUGUUCGAAUAAAAUCAAAGAAUUAAAUUGAUAAUUAAGAUUUUAAAGAGUUGUAUUCAUAACGAAAAACUGAGCUUGAAAAUUUAUUGAAUUACAGAGUCUUGUUAAACGAAAAAGAAACCAGCAAAUCAGUAAUCGAAAAAUUAAAUUAAAGAAAUCCGAGAUUAAGAUAAUUUUUGGAUAGGUUGAAGACAAUAAGAUAAAAAUCUAAUGAUAAAUUAAAAGAAAAAAGUGCAUUUUAAUUAGAUUUUUAGAAAUCUCAUAGAAAACUAAUGACAGAAGUUGCUCUUUCUUCAAGAGAAACUCUGGGUGCUUUUAAAAGCACAAUAUAUUCACCCACACUAUCUUCAAGAGCAUAGACUAAUAAUUAAACUGUUAGUCCUAAGUAUAACAAUAAAUUAUAUAAAUUAAUUUUUAAUUGA